AUGUCCUACCUCACCACCCAGGUCGCCAUUCCAGGUCGCAUGCUUCUAGCGGCAGCCUGGACGGACGGUGACAGCGAGGCAAAAUUCGUCGGCAGCCGAAGCAGGGUGGUUGAACGCGGCCUUAUGCCACCAGUAUCCAGCAGUGGUUUCCUCAGUUUCAGCUUCACCACCAUGCUGAAGUAUGCCAUGACCUUGACGCUUGGUAUCCUUGGUCCGCUUGGUGCUUGGGCGGCUCAUGGACUGGACAACAACUGGACGGUGAAAGUCAUCGGGAUGAAGGAUGCCAAUGGCUGUAUGCAGGCCACCUCCAUCGAGGAUUUGGGCUACAAUUUGGUCAGGCCUGACAGCGUCUCAUGCCUAUCCGCCACGCAGAUGUGCACCGAUGACUACCAGUGUGUUGAGGCCCGAGCCUUGAAACCCAGCACUUUCCAGGGCUGCAGCUUUGAUGCCAGCAGUGGAGUUGAAGCCGAGGUCACCGGGGUGUUGAUGGAUGGCCUGUGUUAUCAGAACUUUGUGGUAGAUCAGAAGAACUACAACGGCGGUGCUGGCCUGGCGCCUGACAAGGUGCAUGUGAGGAGUGAGGCACACCUCCACACCCGGGCAUGCCUAGUAGUUAGCUACUGCGCCAAGACGGGCUUCUACUUGCUCCAACGGCCUUCCAGUACUGCAGACUACAGCUAUGCAGCCCAGAUGGAUAGUCAGGCAGCUGAGAAGGUGUUUGAUUUUUUGAUCGAUGCCCGGCACCCCUGUGGCACCACCUCCACCACUGAGAUGAUCGUCAGCAAUGCAGCGAUUGCUCCAUUUGCUCCAGUGCUGACGGCAAGUGCGAUGAUUUUGGUGGCGGCCUCUCCUCCGCAGCUGGAUGAGCCGGGCAACAUCCGAUCGGCCAGACGAGCAGGUAGGGUGGGCCUGGAGAAUCUUGGAAAUACCUGCUUCAUGAAUGCUGGCUUGCAAUGUCUCAGCCACAUCGAGCCAUUCGCGGCCUUCUUUCUCAGUGGUAGAUACAAAGGGGAAAUCAACGCGACCAACCGGAUGGGUUCCAAAGGCCAGUUGGCAGAAACCUUUGCAGAGCUCCAGAAGGUCCUGUGGCAAAGCGAGCGGCCAGCACAGAACCCCAGCGAAAUCAAACGGCGCUUGGCCACGAUCGCCCCGCACUUGUUCCAGGGCUAUCAGCAACAGGACGUCCAGGAGUUUCUGGCCUUUUGCUUAGACGGCUUGCACGAGGACUUGAGCCGCGUUUCGGAGCAGUUGCCGCCGCGGACGGAAGCCGACGAAGAAGCGGAUGAGAAGAGCUGCCAAGGCCGUUCCGAAGAAUUUGCGGCUGCCCUGGCUUGGAUGCGCUACCUGGAACGCUCCAAGUCGUUUCUGGUGGAUCUAAUGCAAGGCCAAUUGCGAUCCUCGCUGUGCUGCUUGCGCUGUGGCCAUAAAUCCAGGAAAUUUGAGCCGUUCAUGUACCUCUCUUUACCGGUGAAGCAGGAGAUGUGCAGCGUUUCGGAUGCCAUGCGGGAAUACACCAAGGAGGAGGUGCUCUCGGACGAUGAAAAGUGGAAGUGCGAGAAGUGCAAGGCUAAAGUCGAUGCGAAAAAGAAGAUCGACAUUUGGCAGCUGCCACCGGUACUGGUGAUUCACCUGAAGCGUUUCGAGUUUGAUGUGCGCUCGGGCUACUUUCGGAAGAUCACCACUCCAUUAGCUUGCGAUUUGACCACCGAUCUUUCAAGUUUCUGUUCCUCAAAGCAGCAGCAGGGCGCACUGUACUCAGUGGCUUGCGUGGCAAACCACUCCGGGGGCUACAGCAUGGGACACUACACUGCUACCUGCCGUGUUGGCGAUAUGUGGUAUAGGUUCAAUGACGACAGAGUAUCACGACAGCCCCCUGACGAGCCAGUGGUUGGGGAAAGUGCGUACAUUCUGUUCCUAGUAAGGAGGUCCCUUGAGGACGGAUAUUACUCAGCAGGGCACAAUUCUCCGCUCCUGAAGCAGCAGACGAUGACUAUGCCUGAGCUGUGGCCACAUCAUGGGCCAAAUCAAGUAUCGCAGGACUUUUCCAGUCUCAUGAAGCUCCGAAAAGGGGAACCUUCUGAAAGCUCCAUCAGUAAUGAGAAGCCACUGUAUGUCAUGAAGCUUCCAACUUUGCCGUACAACGGCCAUGAUGAUGUCAAGUCGGACAAUGGCAGCAGUGACGAGGUCUUUUUAAAUGCUCCGCACCAGCACGUGGAGACCCCGGUGUGUGGCGGUUUGACGAGCCUUUGGGGUGCCUGGGGUGGCAGCUGGUGGUGA